AUGGUGUUUGGGUUUGGGUAUGAUUGUGUCCACGAUGAUUACAAGGUAGUGAGGAUGGUGGAGUUUUAUGGCAAAGAUAAGUCGAAUUUAUGGCGAAGAAUUCAAGAUUUUCCUUAUUAUCUAUGGUACCGUGGAAGAGCGAGUGGUGUGUUUGCAAGUGGGGCUUUGCACUGGGUUGUGAGUCCAAAACCGGAAUCGGAUAAGUCGAGGUUGAUUGCUGCUUUUGAUCUUGCUGAUAAGGAAUAUCGGUUGGUGCCACAGCCUGAUAAUUACUCCCUUGUAAAUUCGCAUAUGUCUAUGGUGGUUCUAGAAGGGUGUCUUUGUCUACUUUGCAACUAUUUCAGUGUUCAUGUUGACAUAUGGGUGAUGAAGGAGUAUGGAGUUAUGGAGUCUUGGACUAAAUUAUUUUCUGUUGCGCAACCCACCACUAUUGACAAGUUUAAGUGGGUGAGGCCUUUGGCUUAUUCACAGAGCCAUGAGAAAGUACUAAUGCAACAGGAUAAUAAAAGGCUUCUUUGGUAUGACCUAGAAAAGAAAACAGUCGACUUUAUUGAGAUUUAUGGGGUAGAGUCUGUAACUUUCGCAGAUUUUUAUUAUCAAAGCCUUGUUUGGCCUCGUGGAAGAGAUGGCGGGAAGAAGCAGCCGGCAAAAGACAAGGUGAAGAAGAAAAAGGACAAGAAAAAGAAAAAGAAAAGGUGA